AUGCCUGCGAAGGGGAAGCAAAAGGCUACCGGCCCGCCGAGUCAGCGUCAGCUGUAUGACUCUGAUGAUGCCAGCCUGGCUAGCGAGUCGCCUGACGAGUUUGCAAGCACGUCGAACGGCCAAGCGAAUCACAGCAGAUACCUCGGCGAGAGCGAGCUAGAAGACGAGGUGGAAGGGUCGGACGAGUCUAUGGAAGACGGAAGCCUUGCAGAUGAGGAAGAUCUCCAGCAGAGUCUGGCUAGCCUGCCGAUGUCUGCACUCUUGAGAGCAAGAAAGGCGUUAGGCGCCGCACCUAGCAAGCCUCGACAAGACGACGAUAGCUCUGCUUCUGACGCGCCAGAGGAUGGCGACGCAGACGAAAGCACCUUGCCGCGGGGCAAGAGGAAGGGCCGACUUGAGAUGCGGCACGAAGACGCUCAGAAAGCACUCGCAGUCCUCGACAGACUGAAGGCCAGAGACGAACGCAACCAGACCAAAGCACGCGAACGCAAGCAAGUUGCUCAUCGUAACAACAAGCAUGCACCUAUGGAAAUGACUUCCAAGAGGGCCGUCACUCGCGCUCGUGAGGUGGUCGAGGUACCCAGACUUGUCCGGCGUGAUCCGCGUUUCGAUUCCUUGUCAGGCGCAUUAGACGAGGAUCUCUACUCGCGAUCAUACAGCUUUAUCUCGGAGCAGCAAAAAGCAGAGCUGGCGCAACUCAAGACGACAGUCUACAAAGCGCGCAAGGUGCCCAAUUUCCCUGUGGACGAGCUGGAAGAACUAGAGAGAGCACUCAAGAAGAUGGAGAGUCUCGUCGAUCGAGCAGCACGCGAUGAGCGAGAACGGACUGCAGUCAAGAAGUGGCGGGAGCAAGAAACAGGCAAGCAGAACUCUGGCAAGGCAGCUUGGCAUCUCAAACAAGCCGAUCGAAGACAGCUCAUCGAGCGCGAGAAGCUGUCCGAGCUCGCAAAGGACAAACGCAAGCAACGCAAGUACACAGAGCGCAAGACGCUCAAGGAAUCUCAAAAAGCCAAGAAGAGGUUGCCGCCCUUGCGGUCUGCGCGUACAUAG